UCUUCUCCCCACCCCUAUAAAUCCACCCCCUCAUCUCCUCCACACACCCCACUCACUCCCCUAAGUCCGCAAAUCUCCGUCUGGGUUUUUCGAUUCAGUUCGAAACAGGCGAUCCUCACCUUUCUGGUUUGUUUUCCUAUCUGGGUUUUAUCUGAGGAAGAAGAAGGAAGGUGUUUGAUCAUUUUUUGGUAUAUUUUUAGGGGUAAGACCCAGGUUCGACAAGUUGUAGACAUCACGGCUAUACACGGAGCUCCUCGGCCGCUCAUUCAUGUCCGGGCUGUACGACGAAAGGGUUGUGUAAUUGAGAGCAGCCCUUCGCCGCACGGCGGGCGUGGUGCCUUGCCUUCCGAAGGCGGUAGCCCCUCCGACCUGCUCUUCCUCGCUGGUGGCGGUUCUGCUUCCUCUGUUUUUCUCUUCUGCUUAUAUUAGCUUUUUAAGACUUUCUUGGUUAGAUUCUUAGGAGAUUUUAGAGAUUUUUUUUCUUCUAUAAAGCGCACGAGUAGAUCGUAUUGUUGUUUUCGGGUGGUUUUGGUUUUGGUGGUGUUUGAUUUUACUGGGAAUUAAGAGAGAGAGAGAGAGAGAGAGAAGGGGAGGGAGCAUGAUGUUGAGGAUCAAGAGGGUUCCCACCGUCGUUUCGAAUUACCAGAAAGAUGAGGCGGAGGAGGGUGCUCGCCGCGUCGAGGGUUGUGGCCGCAAUUGCCUUAACCAAUGUUGCAUUCCAGGCUCUAGUUAUGACUGGGUUUUGUACCAAUUUCGGUUUGUGUAGGGGCAAAACUUCCAUUGUAUGCCUUCAAGAAGCGGAACGUGAAUAAUGGUGACACGGGUGUGCCCGGACAUGACAAAAGAGAGCCUCCCGUUGCGUUUCUUGACUCACUGCUUCUCGGGCAGUGGGAGGAUCGCAUGCAGAGAGGGCUAUUUCGCUAUGAUGUCACUGCUUGUGAAACCAAGGUGAUCGGAGGGCAAUAUGGUUUCAUUGCCCAGCUGAAUGAGGGUCGCCAUCUUAAGAAGAGACCAACUGAGUUUCGAGUUGAUAAGGUCCUCCAGCCCUUUGAUAGCAGCAAGUUUAACUUCACUAAAGUUGGACAAGAGGAGGUUCUAUUCCAGUUUGAAGCCAGUGAAGAUGGUGAAGUUCACUUUUUCCCUAGUGCACCCAUUGAUGUUGAAAAUUCUCCAAGCGUUGUUGCCAUUAAUGUCAGUCCUAUUGAAUAUGGCCAUGUGCUGUUGAUUCCUCGUAUUUUUGAGCGUUUGCCACAAAGGAUUGACCGGGAAAGCGUCUUGCUUGCACUUCACAUGGCGGCUGAAGCUGGGAGUCCUUACUUUCGAUUGGGUUACAACAGCUUGGGUGCAUUUGCUACCAUCAAUCACCUUCACUUCCAGGCUUACUUCUUGGCCGUGACCUUUCCCAUUGAGAAGGCUCCUACCAAGAAAAUAUCCACUCUGAAUGCUGAGGUGAAGGUCUCUGAGCUUCUGAACUAUCCUGUCAGAGGUCUUGUUUUUGAGGGUGGAAAUACUAUGGAAGAUUUGUCUUACACCGUCUCUGAUGCCUGCAUAUGCCUUCAAGAAAACAACAUACCGUACAAUGUCCUUAUCUCUGAUUGUGGAAAGCGAAUCUUUCUCCUGCCACAGUGUUAUGCUGAGAAACAAGCUCUCGGAGAAGUGAGUGCAGAGAUUCUGGAUACACAGGUGAAUCCAGCGGUGUGGGAAAUUAGUGGGCAUAUGGUCUUGAAGAGGAAAAAGGACUACGAUGAGGCUUCAGAUGAAAAUGCUUGGAAGCUCCUGGCAGAGGUUUCCCUUUCUGAAGAGAGGUUCCAAGAAGUGAAUGCUCUUAUUUUCGAACGUAUUGCUUCUGGUAAUAAUGGCAGUGAAAAUUUGCCGGAGGAUCCGGAAGUUAAGCCUCGUUCUCAUGAAGAAGUCGACACUACCAUUAACAAAAGCUCGCGCACUGCUAUGGUGAGUGGGACACAAGAAUGCAUUGUUCUGCAGUAAAUGAGCAGAUUGGUGGGUGUUUACAAUGUGAAUCUAGUAUUGCAGUAUUCCAUUUGGGUUAAUGUCUGUACCUUUAUUGGAUGCUAGCCGAUGCCUAAAUAAGCAAAAUUGGUUUUGCAUAGUCAGCUGUUCAUAGUUUGCAGUGUUUGUGUAUUCUGCAUAACAACUUCGAUCUAUUUGUUUAGGGUGCUUUAUGGAUAUGUAAAAUCCCUUCUUGUGGUUACUAUUGUGGGUGAAUAAUGUUAUGUUCUGUGUAUAUAACGGUGUUAUGUCGGUUAUGUUUUA